AGGUCCUGACAGGAGUUGCUGGAGAAGAUGCAGAAUGUCAUGCAGCAAAACUAUUAGAAGUAAUUAUUCUUCAGUGUAAAGGGCGUGGAAUUGAUCAGUGCAUACCCUUAUUUGUGGAAGCUGCUUUAGAGAGAUUGACCAGAGAAGUGAAAACAAGUGAACUACGAACAAUGUGCCUCCAGGUUGCCAUAGCUGCUUUGUAUUACAAUCCUCAUCUAUUAUUAAAUACAUUGGAAAAUCUUCGUUUUCCCAAUAAUGUGGAGCCUGUCACUAAUCACUUCAUAACACAAUGGCUUAAUGAUGUGGACUGCUUCUUGGGGCUUCACGACAGAAAAAUGUGUGUGCUUGGCUUGUGUGCUCUCAUUGAUCUGGAGCAAAUACCACAGGUUUUAAAUCAAGUUGCUGGCCAGAUCCUGCCAGCUUUUAUCCUUUUAUUUAAUGGAUUAAAAAGAGCUUAUGCCUGUCAUGCGGAGCAUGAAAAUGACAGUGAUGAUGAUGAUGAAGCUGAAGAAGAUGAGGAAACAGAGGAAUUGGGGAGUGAUGAAGAUGACAUUGAUGAGGAUGGCCAAGAAUAUCUAGAAAUUCUAGCAAAGCAGGCAGGUGAAGAUGGAGAUGACGAAGACUGGGAAGAAGAUGAUGCUGAAGAAACUGCUUUGGAAGGGUAUUCCACAAUUAUUGAUGAUGAAGACAACCCUGUUGAUGAAUAUCAGAUAUUUAAAACAAUUUUUCAGACAAUUCAGAAUCGUAACCCUGUGUGGUACCAAACUUUGACACAGGGCCUUAAUGAAGAACAAAGGAAACAAUUGCAGGACAUAGCAACUCUGGCAGAUCAGAGGCGGGCAGCACAUGAAUCCAAAAUGAUUGAAAAGCAUGGAGGAUACAAAUUCAAUGCUCCGGUCGUGCCAACUUCGUUUAAUUUUGGAGGCCCUGCCCCAGGAAUGAAUUGAGUUAUCACUUUUCCUGCUACUGUGUGAUUGUAGUGAAGAGCUUGUGUUCCUCCCAAUAGUGGUUCCAGAAUUGGUUCAUGUUAUCUACAGCUCACUCUAAACUAAUUGCUAAAUAGAUUGGACAAAAGCCCCAGAUGUGGGACCUGAUCAUGCAGUCUAAUACUGGAAAGCAAACUAGAGGGUUUUUUUGAAGAUAGGAAGAAUCUGAAUUUAAAGCUUCAAAUGACACACUUUGGAAAUCGGAAAUCAAGAGGGAUGUCAUGAAGGCAGCUUUUCUUUUUCUGAGGAAAAAAAAUAGGCAUGGGCUGCAGGACUAUUUAAAAUCUCAUUUACAGUACAAGUUAGGAGGCAGACUUAAUUUUUACACCUGUGGCAGUAUGAGUAUUUGCCCAACUUCCCUUUUCUCCCUUCCUUAUUUGGGUGUCUAUUCUUUCAGUGUAAAUAAGGUAAUCAGAUAGCCUUACUUAAUCUUCAUCGUUUCCAUUUAUCAAGAUUGUUCAUAUGUAGAAUAUUGGACACUUAAUGUAGCACUACAUAACUGAUAAAUCUGUAAAUGAAUUAGCACUUUCAUAUUGAAACAAGCCUGCUAGCCUAUGUACAAAAAUAGCAAAAUGUUUGCUGUUUAUAAAAAAAUAAAAAUAAAAAAUAAGGGAUGUAUUGGGGAAAAUAAUUUCAAGUUAUUAAUUUAAAAUGAACUAGCAGUUUUGUACCUGGUGACUUUGUGGUGCAGUCACCUCUGGCUGUGACUUGAAUUCGGUUCUGUAAAAAAGGGGUUAGUGAUAUUUCAUUGCUGCUAAAAAGAAAAAAUAGCAACACCCUCUGUGUCCUUUGUUUUUCUUAAAGAUCUCACUGUACGAGUUACAAUUUGGAUACAAAUGUUCAUUGUAAGCACUGAGAAAGUGAUCUUUUCUGAAGCAUGUAAAUUAGAUGUGAAGUUCUGCUCUUAAAUGAGUUGAUUGAAGUGUGUGGAUGAAACAUCUAUAUAUGCAAUCUAUUAAAAAAAUAAUAAUUUGGCUAACCUGGGCUUUGAUCUAUGAAUGCAACUUUUCCCAUAAUUUUGCAAAACCUUUUUUUCCCCCCCACCAUGGCAGUGCAAGUGCACUCCCAGUGUUAACAUACGAUUGUCUGCCUGAUCCAGACAGUGUAUUUGAAGUUUUGCCAAUCUUCCAUUUUUGAAGCCACAAUUUUCUUCUUUCAAAGUUGCUAUAGUAACUAGUAUUUUAGCUAGAGAGGCGAAAUACAGUUCCCUCUGGGACCACUAUGAAAACCACUGUAUGAAGAAGCCAGCAGGGAGAUGCUGUGAAUGGGUUGGCUCAUAUGCCCCCCCUUUCUUUUCUUAAAGCAUAAAUCCAUAGGUUUUUGAUCUUGCCUUGAGAUCAUUGGUGUCAGGUCUUUUAAAUCAAAUGUUUUUUUUUUUCUUUGGUCUGUUUUUAUAUAAAAAUGUCACCUGCUGUUACAAUUGAUAUUAAAUGAGCUACCUUAAUUUAAUGUAAGCCUCCAAAAUUUAAAUACAGGUUAAAAAUAAACUGAGUUUAUAUCUGUAAAAAUGAAAUGCACAUAUAUAUAUUAUGAUACUCAAAAUGCAGUCUUCAGAAAAUUG